AACCACUUAAUAAUGGGGGCAGAUCGAGAUGCCAGGCUCUUUAUAAAGGCAGGGACAGAGACCAGGACACUAAGAUUUGAGAAAAGCACCAGUCCAAACCCUACCAGCAGACUUUCAGAGCGGAAGUACUUCCUCUUGGACAUCACAGGACACAAACGCAACCAUGAUCAAGAUUUUCCUCUUUCUGCUUCUGCUUGUCGGAAUAAAAAGUCAAUUUACUGAUGAUGGUGGCGUUGAAGACGGUGAAGGCGGUGAAGGCGGUGAAGGCGGUGAAGGCGGUGAAGGCGGUGAAGGCGGUGAAGGCGGCGUUGACGGCGGCGUUGACGGCGGCGUUGACGGCGGCGUUGACGAUCCAGAGGAUCCAGCACCCGUCAUCAAUGUUUUGUUGGACGAAGGCAUUGAAGUUUGCGUUGGGCUUCGCGAUCCCGAAGUAGAUGACGACCGCCACAUUAUUUUCAAGGUUGUUGAUGGUGUCGUCAAAUUAAGUGUGUCCACCACCCAUUAAGCCGUCAAACUCUAAAAAUUUAGAAAGCGCUCAGCAGUUUAUCUGAAAUAGAACUGCAGCGAUAUUAGUUUGACAUUUACUUCUGACAUCAUGUUCCUGUUCUACCUUUCUAACUGUCAUUCUAUUAAUGACCGCUGGGGGCGGGUGUGGUUGGGAAGUGGCGAUUUAGGGUGAUGUGUAGCGUUAUUCCCGGAUAAAAGAUGCCAAUUAGCUACCUUGAUAGAUUGGAGAGAAACAUUUUUUAAAAGAGAUUAAAAAGGGAUAGGGGGAACAAAGCAACACUUUAGUCAAAACGUUUAUUGUUGAAAAGUGUUUCCUUUGGAGAAUUAAAUCUGAUAGAAAAUCAUGAGGUCUUUGUGCUCUCUGUUACUUGUAAGUUUUUUCUGUCAUCAAUCAAUCAAUAAAAUGACCUAAUCAAA